UGAGCCGGCGACCAGCUCAGCGCCCAGAGCCUCCGAGGCGCGGCGGGAGCGCAGCGAGUGCUGGGCGCUCCGAGGGCUCCCGCGACCCGAGGUCGCUUGUGCUCGUGCUCGGAGCUCUCCCGCGGCCCGACGGCUUCCGCGGCCCGAGGUCUCUAGUGCUCCGAGAUCUCCCGCCGUCCGAGUUCCCCCGUGGCCCGGGGUCUCCGCCCCCACCAUGCGGCCGAGGAGCCCUGGACUACUGCUGCUGCUACUCUGUGGCCUGCGAGCUGAGAUUCAAGAAGAAGCAAUCAGAGCGAUGGUGGGCAGUGACGUCUGGCUCAGCUGCAUUUACCCCAAAGGAAACACCUUCGAUUUAAAUGACCUUUACGUUUACUGGCAAAUCAGCGUGCCGGGCAAACAGAACACCAACUCUGUGGUGACUUACUACCUCUCGGGAAACAGCUCUGCCGGCCACGUUAACAACCACUACAAAGACCGGGCCCGGCUGUCCCUGGACGGCAUGAAGCAGGGCGACUUCUCUCUGCACCUGCACAAUGUCACUCCCCAGGACGAGCAGAAGUUCAACUGCCUGGUGUUUCGGAAAUCCUUAGAAUUAGAAAAGAUUUUGGAAGUCACGGUCACGCUAAACGUGGCAGCAAACUACAGCAUGCCGGUGGUCAGCGGCCCAUCCCAGGACGAGGAGCUGGUCUUCACGUGCACGUCCACGAAUGGCUACCCGUGGCCCAAAGUGUACUGGAUCAACAAGACAGACAACAGCCUGCUGGACGACGCCCUGCAGAACAGCACCGUGUCCCUAAACGCGCGGGGCCUGUACAACGUGGUCAGCGUCCUGCGGAUUGGGCGGAGCCCCCCCGUCGACGUGGGCUGCUGCAUUGAGAACGUGCUUCUUCACCAGAACCUGACCAGCGGCCAGACGGAAAUGUUCACGGGAACCAAGGACAGCAUCACAGAGGACCCAGUGGACGACACCCAAGAUGCGGUGAACCGGCCGGUUCUCAGCGUCCUUGCUGUGCUAGUCGUGGCCGUGGCCGUGGCCGUGGCCACGGGCUGGCUGUGCAGGCGGAGAUGUCCCUACAGAAGCUACGCAGGCGCCCAGGCUGCGAGGCCGGAGCUGGAGCUCACGGCACGGGUGCUACUCGAUGACCAGGAAAUAGGCGUUUCCAGUUUCAGAGACGGUGAAAUCCCAAGCGAAGGCCUGUCCCCCGGCCUUCCUUGGCGUGUAAGCCUGUCCUCUCGCUGACACUGUGCUGGGAUUUUCCAAAUGUACAGCCGCGCGUCCAUGUCAGCAGAGAGCCUGGGACCACAGCCCCGCUGCCCCUCCCCAGCUGCCCGGCUCGUCCUCCUGUUCUCCCUCGUCUCAGCCCCACCCCUCGGGGGCGGGGCCUCUCCAGUGAGUCCAGACCCUUUGUUCGGCACCUCACGGUCCCAGAGCGAAGGUCAGAGUGAUUCCCGCCCCAGUUUGGGAAAGUAGCCACACGCAGGGCCUUCAGUUUCGGUUUCCUACUGGCAGGUGCCUCGGGCUGCCAGGCCUUGGUGGUCAGGCCAGCGGGCUCCACGCCUGAGGCCAACGACCAUGCCCUGAGCCCCGUUUCUCCACCUGUGAGAAGGGUCGUCAGGGGAGGGUGGGCCCGAGGUGAGCACGACCCACACGGCAGUGGCCGCCCACCUGUUCACCCAGGUGAUUCCGGGGCACGCGGCUGCCUGGGGCUGCAGCAGAUUCCCUUCCGAGGCCGCUUUCAGACGAUGCGGGACACAGCUCGCUAAAGAACCCGGGCCUGCUGACCCGAGAGUCCGAUGCAGCGCCCGUCUGCAGGCGUUUUCAACCCUGUUUUCACCGUCCUGGUUCCUGAGAAGAUGAGUCUCUGCUUGCAGAGAGAAUGAGCCAGCUCUGUGCUCACGCCCCUCUCCUCUUUCCUUCCAAGAGCACGUGUGAUGAGAGCUCCCCCAGGACGUGCCACCAGUGGGGACGUCGGGUGGCAGCUCGAGAAUUGACCCGGGCAGGCUGGACAGAGGACACCAUCGGCACCCGUAUUGGGGGCUGCACGGACACUGGGCCACCUGGCCUUGUGGCGCCCCCUGGAAGGGCCAUGCUGACCCCAGGGAGCACGUGGCGGGCACUGACCUGAUCCUGGCAGCCCUUUCAAAAGGUCGGCAACUCCUCGGGGUUACGUGUGCCCCCAAGUAGGUGGGCUGCCCACCUUCGCUGCCAAACACAGAACAAGGAAAGGGUUGUGACGGCUCCUUUCCGCCACCAGCCCCCGAGAGCCUGCGGCGCUUCUCAGCAUCCUGGACUGGACGGGCUCCUGAGGCCACUCUCUUCCGGGAUGACCUGCGCUAGGCCGUGUUCGCUCCAGGUUCAGGGGCCACGUGCUGGCUCUGCCGGUCAGUCUCCUGCCCCACCUCCGCCCUGAGGACCCGGCGUCUGUGCAGAUGCGUCCUGAAGCACUGAGCGGGCGGCACCAGACAAACCCCUGGAACUCAUGUCCCUCCAGAACACUCCCUGGGAGGAAAACCCGACCUCAUUUGUUGGUCAAAAGCUAGGUUUCCCUCCUCAAAAACACAAUGAAAAAACAAAAACAGUGGAAUUUUGGGAGAAGGUCUGUGCUGGGCGGUGCAGCUGGGCGUGGUGGCCCGGGGUUCCGCUGCGGGGGACAGGCAGGCAGGGCUGGGACACACAUCUCCAGAAGACACCAGCAUGGACAGGUGACCGUCACAGUCCUUCAAACUGGGGCCGUGAGUGGACGGGGGGCGGCCUUCCGGCCGCGUGGCCGCCUUUCUUCAAACGCAGAAGCAGUUCCCUCGAAUCCUGCUGGGCAGCCCCUGUCGGCCCCGCACUGUCAUCCAGGGCCCCUCGCGGGCCUCCCCUGGGGACCUGCACGGUCGUGACGGAGACUUCACCUCACGUGCCGGGUUCCUCGGAGCCCGCUGGGCCCCCGGGUGACUGGAGUGGGGCAGUGGCCAAGUCCACGGAGGCGGCAGCCCGACACCCUGACCCUGCCCAGGCGGUUUCCAUGUUGAUUCCUGCAUUGCAUCUAGCAGUUCACUGUUUCCAGAAGGUUCUGCAAAGGUGGCUGCCAGGUAACCCUGGUGGGCACGCCCCCAGGAAACGGGUCUGUUGCCCCUGCCCCUGUGGUCAUUCAGCACCGACGGGCACGUGAGGCCUGUGCUCCCCAGACCCAGACUUACAGCAAACUCAGCAAGGCCGGCUCAGCGCAGGACCUCAGCCAACAGUGUUCGUUGUGUGUGUCUGUCUUUGUACCCAAGAGCCCUCACGUGGCUUUUAAAUAGGUGUGAGGGGUCCACACAGACUUGAGCAUGAAAGCAUUAGAAGACAAGUGUGGUUCCUCAAAGAACGACAGCAGGUGACUCACGGCGCCUCGAGCAAGAAGCCCGAGGGGCCCCUGAGUGCAGCAGGUGGGGUGCGUCAGGUGGUCGCAGGCCUGUCCCCAGUGACUGUGAUGUGACACCAGGACAGGUGCACCUAGGGCCCUCUCCGCCGUCCUGCCCGGGGUCCAGCCUGCAGACCCUGAGAGGCCCCUGGAGCUGGUCGGGGCGGCGUUCUCCGCCCGGCAGGACAGGGCAGCCGCAGGGAGACUGUGCUUCCAGCUUUCCUAUCAGAAGGGAUUUCCUUCUUGGGGAAGCGGCUAGGCCGGCCUCCCGCUCAGGCCCCGUGACGCGGCCGCCCGGGGCUCUCCCCGCGUGUGCUUGCGGGCUCUGCCUGGGCCCUGGGCUCCCGGGCGGUCGAGGCCACGCCCUGCAGGCUCCGGACCCUGAGUCAUCAUCUCCCCGCUGGGCCCCAACGGCCCCUCACCGCUCCCUCUGGCCCCCGGGGCCGCGGUGCGCUCUGCGCCGCUCGCACAGGUCACCCUGGGCCUGUCCACCCUGGGGGCCGUGGCUUGCGCCUCACGCUGUGUCGUGGACAGUGUGCGAGUGCCACAUUUUGACGUUUCUGGAAGCCUGGUUUUGGAGAAUACAGGCAGUUGGCGUGG